AUGUAUUUCACUCCUGCUAUUGUUUCCGCCCUGAGUCUUGCCUCUCUCUGUACAGAAGCUGUAGUCGAGAAGCGCAAAUCGUGGCUCUUUAGCUGUGGUUGCGACUCUCAAUCUGACGCGAAUGUCAACCCUAUGAAUGCUGUUAAGGUCGUACACACGGGACCCCUCUCCUCCGUAUCUGUUAUGUACCAGUCUGGAAACUGCGGACUGGCUAUCGGAAAUCUACAGAACAUCAAUGGCCCUGGAGGCGUUGGUGGUGGAGUCAGUGGAACGACGAUUAGCGGAGCAGACUUCAAAGAUCUUAUGACGUUGAUGCUUGGUUGUCACGACAGCGCAAAAGGUCUGGUUAAUGUAUGUCCGUCCGUUGGGGCUGGUAACGCUAUGAUGAUGAAGGCUGAGGGUAUUAUACUCCUGAGUUCCAGCCGCCGAAAGAUUCACCGAGAAUGGCGCCUGGUCUAUUUCGCAUAA